AUGAGUUGAUUCGAAUCAGAUUUAAGAAAUCAAAGGGGGACCAAACCACCUAAGACUCAAGAUGUACAUACCCUUUAUAAGCACCUCACCCCGUCGAUUUCCACGCAUCGGAACGUAACUACACAGACACCACCCAAAAGUGCACACAUACAGUGAGGCAGGUACACAACGGAAGCCAUGUCGCCGCCCGGCGGCGGCCGUGAGAAGGUGGACUCGAAGGCGGCGGUGAAGCCCCAAAUGUUGACGAUCAAGGUGGUGGACCAGGAGAAGGUGGUCCACCACACCAUGAGGAUGACCGACAAGCUCAAGGUCCUCAUGGACGUGUGGUACCACAAGGUGCCCAACGUGACAUAUGGCACCAGCGUCUUCCUCUACGACGGCUUGCGGGUGCGCAGAAAUAUGACCCCGGUGGGCCUUGAGAUGGAGGACGGGGACAUGCUUGAUUUCUUUGAACAUAUGGAUGGUGGAGCUGGACCAUUCAUUGUUGGAUCUAUGUAGUAUGUCGAUCGAUGUUUGCGCACUAGGCGGAGUUGUUGUAACUUGAAGCAUAUGUCUCUUGCGGAAUUUGUAUUGCUAGAUCUUAUUUCAAGGAAAUUUCUGACGUGAGCGGCUCAAAUAUUAGAUUCUUUGAACUAGUUUCACUCAUGUAUUAUCAAUAUUAUCUGGUUUUUUGGGAGUGCUCAUUAGUAUCUAUUUUUUCAUAUGUUCGAACAGUGGUUUCUUUUAUGGUGAGUUAUUUGAAUUAAAACAAAUGUUGUGUGUAAUUUUGCUUCCGUUUAUUUUGUUUUAUUCUUAGUGCUAUGUUGUUUGCCUUUCGUUCUUGUUCCGCUAGUGUUUUAUACGUUUACUUACAGAAGUAGUAUCAACUAAAUUUUUUUAUUCAUAUUGUAUAUGUGUAGAGAAGUACUAUAU